AUGGGCCACCUGCUGUCCAAGGAGCCGCGCAGCCGCCCGAGCCCCAAGCGGCCCCGCUGCUGCGCCUGGUGCCGCCGCCGCCCCCGCCGGCCGCCCCCGCGCCGCGGCCGCCCCCCGGCCCGCGCCCGCGACUGCCUCCUCCGCGGGCCCUGCAUGCUCUGCUUCGUCGUGCACAGCCCCGCCGCGCCCGCGCCCGCGCCCGCCUCCGCCGGCCCGGAGGAGGAGGAGCUCCCGCCGCUCCCGCCGCUCCCGCCGCUCCCGCCGCCCUCGCCGCCGCGGGCCGGGCCCCGCGAGUCCCAGGCCGAGUCCCAGCCCCAGCCCCAGCCCGCGUCCGCGUCCGCGUCCGCGUCCGAGCCCGCGCCCGCCGCCCACCGCCUGCGCGCGGCCCUGGCGGCCGAGGACUGCGCGGCCGCCGCCCGCCGCUUCCUGCUGUCGUCCGCCGCCGCCGCCGCCGCCGCCUCGUCGCCCGCGUCGUGCUGCCGCGAGCUGGGCCGCGCCGCGGCGGCCGCCUGGGAGCAGCAGGGCCGAGGCCUGCGCCGCGCCGGGGCCGGGGCCGGGCCCUGGCCCGCCGGGCCCCCCGCGCCCGCCGACAUGGUGUGCAAGCGCAAGGGGGCCGGGGUCCCCGCCUGCACCCCCUGCAAGCAGCCCCGCUGCGGCGCGGGCGGCGGCGGGGGCGCGGGCCCGGCGCGAAGCCCCGACGCCGGCUGCUGCGGCUGCCCGGGCGCCCACCGGCCCCCGACGCCCGGGGCCCCCGGCGGGGACGCCGCCCCCUCGGCCGCCCCGCCGCCGCCGCCGCCGCCGCCACCGCCACAGCCGCAGCCGCAGCCGCAGCCGCAGCCGCAGCAGCAGCAGCAGCAGCGCGACGGCGGCGACGCGGACUGGCGCGAGCCCCCCGACGACCCCUGCGACCGCGCCCGGGAGCCGCCGCCCGACGCCCCCGACAUCAACCAGCUGCCGCCCUCCAUCCUGCUCAAGAUAUUUUCCAACUUAUCCCUGGAUGAGCGUUGUCUUUCUGCGUCUCUGGUCUGCAAGUAUUGGCGUGAUCUUUGUUUAGAUUUCCAGUUUUGGAAGCAGUUGGAUCUUAGUAGUCGUCAGCAGGUCACUGAUGAAUUAUUGGAAAAAAUUGCAUCAAGAAGUCAAAAUAUAAUUGAAAUCAACAUUUCUGAUUGCCGCAGUAUGUCUGAUACUGGCGUGUGCGUUCUAGCAUUCAAGUGUCCUGGACUUCUUAGGUAUACAGCCUACAGGUGUAAACAGCUCUCUGACACCUCUAUUAUUGCAGUUGCCUCACACUGCCCUUUGCUUCAAAAAGUUCACGUGGGCAACCAAGACAAACUUACUGAUGAAGGACUCAAACAGCUGGGCUCAAAAUGCAGAGAACUCAAAGAUAUUCAUUUCGGCCAGUGUUACAAGAUCUCAGAUGAAGGCAUGAUCGUCAUAGCGAAAGGCUGCCUGAAAUUACAAAGAAUAUACAUGCAGGAAAACAAAUUAGUGACAGAUCAGUCAGUGAAAGCAUUUGCUGAGCAUUGUCCUGAACUUCAGUAUGUUGGUUUCAUGGGUUGUUCAGUUACUUCCAAAGGAGUCAUUCACCUUACCAAGCUAAGAAACCUUUCCAGCUUAGACCUACGUCAUAUCACUGAACUGGAUAAUGAAACAGUGAUGGAAAUUGUCAAGAGGUGCAAAAAUCUUAGCUCUCUCAAUCUCUGUUUGAACUGGAUCAUAAAUGACAGGUGCGUGGAGGUCAUCGCAAAGGAAGGGCAAAACCUGAAAGAGCUGUAUUUGGUGUCCUGUAAGAUCACAGAUUAUGCACUGAUAGCCAUUGGGCGCUACAGCAUGACCAUAGAGACGGUCGAUGUCGGAUGGUGUAAAGAAAUUACAGACCAAGGAGCCACCCUGAUCGCACAGAGCAGCAAAUCGCUGCGAUAUUUGGGGCUGAUGAGAUGUGAUAAAGUCAAUGAAGUGACCGUGGAGCAGCUGGUGCAGCAGUACCCACACAUCACUUUCAGCACCGUCCUGCAGGAUUGCAAGAGGACCUUGGAGAGAGCAUAUCAGAUGGGCUGGACCCCCAGCAUGUCGGCUGCCUCCUCCUAACACUCACGCCCACGUAGGUCCGCAGGCCAGGAGAGGUUGUCAAUUUGGGGUGGGUGAUCUCUUUGGAAACGUUUAAACUGUAACGUGUCUGCGUGUGUAUCCAAGUGUGUAUAUUUGUGUCUUGUUUGCAUAUUGCAUAGCAUAAGCGCAAUUGCUAUUUGCUCCCCGGUGAGCUGUUCUACUCUUUAAAAGGAAAGCUUUGAAAGCUAUAAACCUUGGCGUUUUUAAGUUCAAAGGCUUCUUUCUCUAAAAGAAAAAAAAGUUGUGGUUUUUUUUUUUUUUUUUUUUUUUUUUUUUUACGAUAGAAUAAAACAGUUGGAUGAAUUGUUUUUGCAAUCUAAUAACUGCCACUUUUAGAGAGCUCCAAAAUGAAAGUGGUGGCCCUCUUUUCAGAAGGGGCAGAAUUGUGCAUGUCUGUUGAUGUCAGAACAGAAGGAUGUUGCACUAAUUAAAAUUCUAGAAACCAGAGUUUUUCAAGGUCUCACACACACACACACACACACACACACACACACACACACACACACACAAAGAUAGUCUCAUGCGCUCUUGUACUGAUGAAUCUUCACUGGCACAGGGAUCUUGUCCUCCAAAUUCAGCUCAUCCACAGAUGCCCAACUUGCUAUAUGGUGCCUGGUUUAGAAACUAAAGAGAAUUCAGCCUUCCGUUAAACUUUUAUGGAGAUAGCAAUCUGAACUCCCCGUGUCAGCUCACAAAAGUUAUUAAUUAUUCAUCCUUCCUAAAAUGCAUUCUGUUGAGAACUAAAUAUUUUAGUUGAGUUUCAUGUUAAUGGUGUGUUGUGUUAGCUUUUUGUUUUAUGGAUAGUAACUGGUCAGGAUAUAUUUUAAUGAUAUUUAGAGCUAAUCUUAGUAUCAUUCAUAUUAAACCACCAAUGUAAUUAAUAGUGUGCAGUUAUUAAAAAACCUACAGAUCAUUUAAUUAUUUUUUGUUAAUUUUGGUAAUUAUGAAAGUAUAUUUCUGAAAUUUGGGGGUAGUCAUGUAGAUAAAAGAUUAAUGAGUGAGAUAUAAGUAGACAAUCUUCCUAUUAAAUUUUUUUUUUGCUUUGCUUUGGGCAUUAGAACAGGUUUUUGGGAAAUAUGCAUGUUACCAUCUUUUGAAUAGUUCUGCAGCUGCAAAGUUCUCUUUCCGGUUAGUGUAUAAGUUAAGAAGAAAAAUUAGAAAAUCUUUUCAUUAAGAUUCUGUUUACAUUUGUCAAAAGUACGCAUUUGUUUAAUUAAAUUUUUCCAUUUUUCAUUUAAGACAAUAUCAGUAAAUGAAUAUGUGUUUUGAUUUCACACAUCUUUUAUGAUGAAUUCAGAGUAGGGACUCAGGCUCAAAUCAUCUUUCCUGCGUCUAGAUUUAUAUAGUCAAGACAGCAGGGAGCCUUUUUAAGCUAAAGAGUGAUGAUUAUCUUUUACAGUAGAAUUAGAUAUAAACCCUGACUUGUGAAUUUCCUAUUUAUUCUUCCUCAAUGUGGACAUAACUGUUUUUUAAAAUUAUAACAAAUAUGCUGGUUUUUAGUUUCACUUUAUAAUCCCCAAUAUUGCUCAAAUGACACUAGUUCUAAGAAACAAAAGUUAGCUUUACAUUCGAAUGCCGUUCAUUUAUUUAUAAUGAGUCUUUUUUGGUAAGCAGUUGUCUCCUUUGAUUAUGUCAGUGUUUCUGAUAUGGCAUUUUUAUUUUUAUUUUUAUUUGUUGGCUUUUAACCCAGUCAGUUAGGAAAAUCUAAUCAGUAAGCACCAAGGGUAUUUUCCCUUUACUAAAUUCAUUACUAAAUUAAUUUAAAGGGAAUGAAAUUGGUAUAAGAAAAUAAAAGGGUUGCCAUUAAUAAGCUCUGGGUCUUUUUACACAUCAAACUGCAUCAGUUUCCUAUUUCUUUCCCCACCAUGGAAAAAUAUUAAUUCACAAACUUUUAACUGGUUUUUAAUCCAAAACUAAUUUAUAAGACAGUAUGUAUAGUAAAGUAGCUCGAGUGAAUAAACAAAAGUUUAAUUUUUAUAUAUGUCACAUUAUAUUUUAAAUAGGUAAAAAAAGAAAAAAGAGAGAGCCAUCAGUAAUAUAGAUGGUACCAUUUCAGUUCAAAGUUGUAAUAAUCUUUAGAGUAUUAUAGUUCUGUUGUCAAAUGGUUUCAGAAGUGUAUACCUUUUAAUGUUGCAUUGUUUUAAUCUAAAGUACAGCACUAUAACAUGCUUUAGCUUGGGGGGGAGGGUGGGCUUGGGAGGGCCUCACACUUACCUUUAAAAUGUUGACUAAUCCAGAAAGCCUGUUGCAAAAUAACCUGGAAAACUGCUUUGGUAUAUUUGUAGAAAUCUGUAGAAAUGUCAUACCUGACCUCAAAGCAUUAAUCUCAAAAAACAACUUGCAAAAGCAUCACUUUGAGUGAUACAGUCAUGGUUGUUAAAUGUGUUCUCAUUAGAUGCUUGAAAAUGAGGCUUAAAAUGAUUUUUCUGGGCAAUAUAGAGUUUCUUUUUUUUGCUUAGAAUGUCAUAAAUAUAUGUGAACACAUUUGAUGCAGGGCUUUUUAUCCUUUCCAAAAUGUCAACAGUAUUUUCAGAAUAAAGACUAUGAAAUAUAUUGCUGUAGUGGAAAAUUCUGGUCCUUUGUCUUUAAUGUCUUUUUGAGUGGAUAAAGGAAAUUCACCCAGUUUGUAGUUUCUAUAUUUCUGUGAAUCUUUUGACCUUGCAAUGGGUUGCAAUAAAAGAGAAACAAAA